CUUAUCGCAGUUCUUCGCCAAAAUGGCGGACAGCGACGAGGGUCCACCGUCACAAGACGAUCAGAUCGCUAGUAAACCACGGCUGAUCGAGCUCAAAAAGGGUCCAAACGGCUUUGGGUUUAAUGUCAGAGGGCAGGUUUCCGAGGGAGGCCAGCUAAGGUCGAUAAACGGAGAACUGUAUGCACCGCUUCAACAUGUUAGCGCCGUACUCGAGAAUGGACCGGCACAUCGAGGGGGAGUUAUUGUCGGUGAUCGUAUCCUGGAAGUGAAUGGUACCAAUGUAGAGGGAGCCACACACAAGCAUGUUGUUGAGCUCAUCAAAAAAGGUGGCGACAACCUGACACUUGUUGUCAUAGCUGUCACUCACUCAGAGGUGGAAAAACUGGACAGUGACAGCUCAUCGGGUACGGAGUACUAUGACUACUCAGAUAGAAGGGUGAUGCCCCUCACUAUACCAGAGUCGAGAGAGCUUCAAGCUGCAGGAGAAACCUUUAUGGUGUACAAUAUAUAUUAUUCUGGAAAGCAAAUAUGCUCAAAAAGAUAUAAGGAAUUCUCAAAUUUACAUAGUCAGUUAAAAAAGGAGUUUAGAGACUUCCAGUUUCCCAAGUUCCCUGGGAAGUGGCCGUUUACUCUGUCUGAGCACCAGCUAGAAGCAAGAAGGAAAGGACUUGAGAGUUACUUGCAGCAAGUCUGCAGUGUUCGAGUAAUUGGGGAUUCGGUUUUGAUGCAAGAUUUUCUUGAUGAUGAUGAUAAAAUGGAAGAUACUGAAAUGGAAAUUGAAUUAAGAAUUCUUCUGCCAGAUAACUCAGUUGAGAUAGUUGUAGUGGAGAAACGAUACAAGACAAGAGAAGUUUACAAGGCACUUGUCUCUAAGAUUGGACUUGACCAAGAAAGUGCUCUCUAUUUUGCCCUUUUUGAAGUUACAGCGAGUGGCUUUGAAAGAAAAUUAAAAGAAAAUGAAUUUCCUCACAAUGUGUACAUAAGACGGUAUUCAGAAACUUCAACUACUUGUCUUGCCCUACGCAAAUGGGUCUUUACACUUGCAAGAGAGGUUGAAUUGAACUCUGAUGAAGUUGCUCUCAAUCUUCUAUAUCACCAAGCCUUAGAAGAUAUCAAAAGUAGAAAGCUGACACCAGGCACAAAACUGCAACAACUAAAAGAUCUGAAAAAUUCAUCGAAAAAAAGAGAGUAUCUGGACGUUGCACGCACCCUGGAUCACUAUAAUACAGUGGUAUUCCCACACUGUCCAUGUGAUGCACGCAGAAAUGGCCAUGUGAUCACCACAAUAUGCCUCAAGAGCUUUCAGAUGAAGGCAUGCACUGAGGAUGGUGUCUUAGAGGAACAGGAGCAUUCUCUCGACUGGGAUCAGAUACAGCAAUGUGAGGCUGACUCAGAGGCCAUGGCAGUUUGCUUUGAGUACAAGAAAGGGGGAAAGUCCAGAUGGGUUAAAAUUUAUUCUGAAUAUUUUGAAUACAUGGCUGAGUGUGUCUCGAGAGUCAUGCAAGAAAUCGAGUGGAACGCCAAUGAUGGUCUCUCUACUGUCCUUCCGACAACAAUGCCUGAAGCAGAAAAUGAAGAGAAGCAACACACAGAACCUGACACAACGAAUUCAUCAAAGGCAAACAAACCCCCAAGUCCGCCAAGAACACGAGCGAAGUCGUCAAAAGUCACGAAAACGGCAACACCCAAACAGACUGUCGUGUUCAGUGGAGCAAUAGAGGACGACGAUCUCUAGGGGAUCGGGUUGAAUACGUUCUUAUGCGACUGUGUUCAUUGCAGCCUCGAGGGGUCUCCCGAAUCUUCAUAAUUAAGGUAGUCUGCCUAAUAGCCGCUCCUAAUGGCUGCUAAGCAGACUAAAUAUGGAGUGGAUUGGAAAUAUCUAUAUCAUCAGUAGUGCAAAAUUAGUACCCGCGAAGUGAGCUGUCGGUUUUUCCCUUGUGUUAGGUGCAAUAUUUAUAUCGUAUGGGCCACGAAGCUAGUGAUAGCCACUGGGUAUCAGAGGCUUGUCUCUCUGAUAUUUAGUCUCAAUACGGUAUUCGUUUGAGGUUCCUUGGUUUUGGAAUCAUCAGUAUACUCAUUGUAUAUUCUUAACUCGAAAAUAAGUACCUUGAAAAUAUCAGCUGAAAACCGCUGACUUUACUUUGUAGACUGACUUUCUAGACCUCGUGCUAUAAUAGUAGUUUUUUAUAUUACUAUUAACAUGAAGUUUUUUUUUCGCACUUCAUUCUAUUUCACAAUACAAUGACUUCGUGAAAAAUUAGAACUGUUUACUGUCGAAUCCGUUGUAUCGCGACCCGCGUUUUUACAACACGGAAUUGUGUCAGUAAAACCAUUCUGAGCCAAUCAGAGUCUCGCUUUGUGCACUUCCCUGGCUAUCCUCAGGACGAAAACCAGACAGUGUCGCGACAGAAAGCCGGGCAACUGCACAAGACGAAAGAUGGCAAGAAUCUGAUUGGCUUAUAAUAAUUUGACUGGCGGAACAGAAUAUCCCAAAAACAAAAAGAAAUCGAUGUUUUGAAAACGCGACGGAUUCGACAGUAAAGAAUACAGAAAUAACUUUCAAGCGCACAAAAAAUGUAACAUUGUAAAAGUAUAUAUCUAUGUGCGAUAAAUAUUCAUAAAACUUUCGAAACUUUUAAUAGACACUAAAGUCUCACCUUUAUGAUGGAUGCAAUAACUAAACUAUACAAGGCGCAAAACUCCUGCGUAUAAUAGUCUAACCAACAAGAACCAGUUGUCAUUUUUAAAAAUCAAGAAUCAACUGCAUCGACACCAAAAAAAUAGCAUAUGGGGAUUAAUAUUUAUCCAUGAAAGCCAAGAGAAGAGUGUGGUGAUCGUAAUAAUUACAAUUCUAUAAAACACCGUUUACAUAGAGGUGACCUCCGUUUACAUAUAGAGGUACCCUCCUAAAGCUAAGAGAAGAGAGUGUGGUGAUCGUAAUAAAUGAAAUUCUGUGAAACACCGUUUACAUAUGAGCGCUUGUAGAGGUACCCUCUUACGCAGAGCUUUCUGUGUCGCUCGUUUACUUUGCUUUGAUGUGGAGCAGAGUGAAAGACCGACACAGAAAGCUCUGCGCAUGAGGGUAUUAUAGAGGCUAACUUAAAAAAAAAAACACAGGUUCCUAUACACAGCUGUCUACUGAACUAUGAUCAGCGUUUCCGAGGAGUCUCGCGCUACAAUGAAUUUAGAUUGAUCUUCCUCAAGUAUUCGGAUCAAUUAAAAUUGAUAAUUGAAAUUGACAGUCUAAAUUUUGGAGUUUGAAUUAAAAGCAAAUGCAAAUAUUAUUCAUUAAAUGUUGAAUUAAUUUUUGAUAGCAAUAGAAUAAUUGUCAUAUUACAUAUAGAGAAAUAUAUUUGUGCCAUAUCCAGUA